AUGUGGUCUAAACAAGCCUAUGAACCCAACACCAAGAAACUGUCUGAUCUGGAGCCCUUCACAGACUACAGCUGUACUGGUCAGAUCAAGAAAAACAAUGUCCCCGUAAAAAACACGACUGCUUUCAAAGUCAGGAUUGACUGUGAUCUUACAAUAAGCUUCAAAACGCCAACUGUCACCAACAUCUCCAUUCAGUUGAGAUGGGACACGACCAGUAGGAAGUGUGGAGCUGUCCUUCCUGAUCUUAAGAAGCUUUCUUAUGCCUGCAGCUGUAGCCCUCACUACAAUCAGAAACAAAAUAUUCUAGCUAACGUGAAACCGCCAGGACGAGCAUGUAAAAUUGAAGGACUGGAACCAUUUACCACCUAUAACUGUGACGUCCAAACCAAAUACAACUACAAGACAGUUACCCAACCAACUCCAGUUCAUAUCCAAACUGAGGCGGGAAUACCAGACGCUAUCACUUCACUGAAGGUGAAUCAUCCAGAACAUAACGUGAUAAGAGUAACUUGUUCUUAUGGAAAACGUUGGAAAGGGCCUGAGAAGACAUACAUUGCACGUCUUUAUAACGGUGGUGUGACUAAUGAGCUUAAAAACGGAAAGUGCGAUUUUGAAUUCAAAGAUCUAAGCUACUCAACAGAAUAUAGACUGGAGCUGACUGUUUUUAAUGGAUAUCAUCGGAGCGAGCCCAAGAAAGACACUGUUUUCACUUCCUAUAAUGACAAAGCUGUCAUUGGGUUUCUGGUCUUCCUUAUCAUCCUUACAUCUGUGGCUGUGCUUUUGGUCGUCUGCAAGAUUUACAUUCUGAAGCACAGAAAGUCCAGAAAGGUAGCGAAUGAAGACGUGAUGCUUGAACUAGAAGCCAUUUAUGCUAAUGUCCCUUGAUCUGAAGACAAUUGCUGAAGAGGAAAGACCUGAUGGAAUUCUACA